AUGCCAAAAACAAAAUUGAGUAAAUCCAGUGGCAAUGCGAGCAAUGGCAAUGGAAAAUCUAGUCGUAUCGCCAAUGGUGACGCUUUCUCAAUCGAUGAGGACUUCUUCACACCCGAUGGCGACUAUGCAGACCUGUUGGCCACACUCACAGAACUUCAACGACUGGACUCGAAGCAUGAGUUUGAUCUUCCCCAGCUAGUUGUUUGUGGGGAACAGUCUGCUGGCAAAAGCUCUGUUCUCGAGGCCAUUACUAGCAUUCCAUUUCCCAGGGGUGACGGAACUUGUACCCGGUUUGUCACGCAGAUAAAUCUUCGCCGACCGAAAAGUGACGACACGCCUGAAAGGAUUGAGAUCGAGCUACGAUCUCGCGAUCAGCCCAAUCCCAUGUUUCAAAGGAAGAUCGAAGUCAGCCAGCUGACCGACCGGGUGGUAAUCGAAGACAUCAUCGCUGAGGCAGGCAGACACAUGGACAUCAAUAAAGAGGCCAACAAAAAAUUCUCCAAAGAUAUCCUGACGAUCAACGUUGAGAAGCACGGUUACCCGAUGCUGUCGCUGGUGGACACGCCUGGUAUAAUCCACUCCGAGGGAGUUGGCUCAACAGGCAACAAAGGACUCGCAGACGAGAUCGUCCACGAUUGGAUCAGACAGGAUAAUACCAUCAUCAUAGCUGUCAUUGAUGCCACCCGUGAUCUAGCAAGCCAUGGAAUCCUGGACGAAGCUUUGAAAGUUGACCCGCGCCGGGAACGAACUAUCGGUAUCAUUACCAAAAUUGACAUGUACAAAAACGGUGAUCCAUCAACUCAGAAGUGGGUCGAUACGGCAUUGAAUGAAGACGACAAGUUCAAUUUCCCUAGAGGGUGGCAUGUGCUGCGCAAUCGAAAUGGCACGGAACUGCAAAAUAGGACCACGACCAGCGAAAGGGACGAGACCGAGAGGCAAUAUUUCGAGGACGAAACCAACGGAUGGCAGGCCGUUGUUGAGAAGAGUCAAAAGUCCCCAGAGUCUUGCGGCUACGGGGUGAAAACGUUGAAAAGAAGACUUCAGGAUUUGCAGAAACUCCAGGUCAAGAAAUCUUCUUUGAGAAUUCGCGAUCAGGUCGAUGAGAAGUUGCGGGACCUUGAGUAUCAAAUGAGCCAAGUCUCUAUUAGCGGUAUGCCAAUCGCUGAAGCAAAAAAAGAGUUCAGAAAAAUCUGCAUAAAACUGGGAGAUGAUAUUGUCGCCGGUAUUGAUGGUCAUUAUGAAACUCGAGGUUCUCUUUAUGCGCUGGGAGACUUAGGCGAUUUCAAGGAAAAACCCCCCCGAUACCUCCGAAACAAUAUCCGGGACCGCGAUGCUGAAUUCGCAUUAGCGAUUCGCAAUGGUCACAGGGACUACUAUGCCCCUGAUCAUCAAGGUUCUCGAAAGGGAGGGAAAUCUGAGGGAGGAAUGUCGGAUAAAUGGGUCGCCAGGGUACUCAAUGUCAUUGGAAGCACUAAGGGUACAGAGAUCCCGACAGAACCCGACCCCUCCAAAAUAUCACUUCUGUUUCAGGACUACUCAAAGGGCUGGAAAGAUAUAGCCCAUUCACAUAUUCAGGCCGUGGAGCAGACUUGCCGAGAAUAUUUCGAAUGGCUAUCGUCGGCAGGCUUGAAAGAUUCCGGAUUCACUGUCUUCGAGACCAGUUUGACAAGCCUCUUUUAUCAAGAGUUGGAUCGGCGGAAGGCCUUAGCCAGAAUGGAGCUCGAUAAGCUUGAAAGAGAUCGCAACAGACCAGCCAGAACGUUGCAUGUCAAAUACGAGAAAAAAUUGCUGAGGGUUCGGCAUGAGGAAGCAAUGCGGACAAUGGCCAAAGUCAACCACGCCACCCGGGAAAGAAAUGGACAAAAUGCCCUUACUCCAUUAGAGCUGUCGGAGCUGGCUAGUUUGACAUCUCGGGCAAAUCACGAAGAACAGAUUGCGCAGCGUUUUAUGGAUCAAAUGUUGGUCUACUAUCGGAUUGCGAGUGAACGGUUUAUAGACGAAGUUGUCAUUCACGUUAAUGAAAGGCAUAUGCUUGACGCUCUUCCCGAAGUCGUGCGUGAGUUGGCUAUCAGUGACUCUGCUCUUGACAAAUUUUGGGAUAAUGGGACAAUAAAGGGCAAGCAAACUGAAUAUGAUAGGUUGAAGAAAGACGCAGAUCAGUAUGCUCAAAUUAAAAGGAAGCUCUAG